AUGUCUCGUCCAACCCUCCCAGAACCGCGCAACCCGCUUCUCGAAGAGGAACGCGCCCCGUCGCAUGAGAUCUUGGUGGAACGUCGAUGCUUGGGCCAGACGGAGUUGAAGGUCAAGCCAGGUCAGGUCAACACUAGCAAUGCUACGAAGUUGGAGAAUCUAGGCGUCCUCGACUAUGCGCACCUGCGCGUGCCUCUGCCGAAGGACCUCACGGGUAGCGGCAUCUUCAUGAAGGGCGCGAAUCGCAAGUGGCCGGAGGCAUACUUCUUGAUGCGACGCUCAAGUGAUGGAUUCAUCAGCGCGACGGGCAUGUUCAAAGCCGCAUUUCCAUAUUCGCAAGUGGAGGAAGAACAAGCAGAAAAGGAUUACAUCAAGUCGCUAAGAGAGGCGUCGAGCGAAGAGAUCGCGGGCAAUGUGUGGAUCGACCCCGGGAAAGCCCUCGAAUUAGCCGACGAGUACGGAAUCAAGCUCUGGAUCGCAGCGCUCCUCGACCCUGAACCGAUCACGCACGGCGCUACUGAUCCGAACAAAUCCAUCAAAUCGCCCCCGCCAUAUGAGAUAAAAGAGAUGGCGAACGGUGUAGGACGAUCGCCAGAGAAGCCGUCGCCGGCGAAGAGCAAUGCCGGUCGUCGGUCGACUCGCGGCGCACGAAGCAUGCGCUCAGAAUCGCCGACGAUGGAGAAGCCCAAAACAACCCCUCGCAAGAUCGCGACACCACGCAAACCCCGCGGCCGUCGCGCCGCAACCCUCGAGCCUGUCAACGAGGACGGAUCAGUGACCGGCGACGCAGUGAAUGGCUCAAAGGAAGACACUGUGAAGAUUGAUAUUGAAAACACCACGUUUCCAGACGAAAAAGGCGAAGAGCAGGUCGAAUCAACCAAGGUCAACAUCACCAUGCCAUCCAACCACCCAGACAUGCCCAUUCCGAACGACUCGGCGGAGAUGCUGCAGAAGGCGAAGGAGACCGUCAUGGAAGCCCGCAAGCUUGACGGCACCGCACCGCGCACGCGCAAGGGCAAGAGAAAGGCCGAAGCGAUGGUUGAUGAGGAUGAUAAGGUCGGACUCGAGGGCCCAUCAAUUGCACGACCGGCGAAGAGGCAGCGAGCCGCCGAAAUCGAGUUGCGAAAGGAGAAGAUCCGCCGUCGGGCAUUGGGUGGUAUCGCGGUCAGCUUGGCAAUUGGCUACCUCAUACCAACCGUCAUGACCACCUUCGGCCUGCAGUGA